AUGUAUACAUUUGCCAAAAGAGGUGAGAGUGAAGAUCCCAUCGGUAGUCCAAAUAUUUGUUUGCACAUACUGCCGUUAAAUGUACAAUACGUCGUCCUUACUGUCAGGUUGAUCAAUCGUGUUAACGAUUCUUUCCGUAUCCGUUCUGCCUCCAGGAUGUCCUCUUCUCGCUCAAAUAUCUCCAGCAAGGCGCUUACCGCCUUCUCGUUUGAGAUGUUUGUGUACAUGGAUUGUACAUCGAAACUCACCAACAGUUCCGACUCAAACAACCCAAUGUUCUGGAUCCUUUAA